CUCGACUGCCCGAUCGUUCAACCUCACAUCGCCAAACCCGGUUCCCUUCCAUUCCCCUACGACACAGUCAACAUGUCCGACAACGGGGACGUCGAGGUUGCGACCUUCACCUCCCUUCCCAAGGAUGUCCUCGCCAACGAGGGCCAGGUCAAGCUCUUCAACAAGUGGAGCUACGAGGAUGUCGAGAUCCGCGACAUCUCUCUGACCGAUUACAUCCAGAUCCGCUCCCCGGUCUGCAUCUCCCACACCGCUGGCCGCUAUGCCGCUAAGCGUUUCCGCAAGGCUCAGUGCCCCAUCAUCGAGCGUUUGACCAACUCCAUCAUGAUGAACGGCCGCAACAACGGAAAGAAGCUCCUGGCUACCCGCAUUGUCGCUCACGCCUUCGAGAUCAUCCACAUCAUGACCGACCAGAACCCCAUCCAGGUUGCCGUUGACGCCAUUGUCAACUGCGGUCCCCGUGAGGACUCCACCCGUAUUGGUUCCGCCGGUACUGUCCGCCGCCAGGCUGUCGAUGUCUCCCCUCUCCGCCGUGUCAACCAGUCCAUCGCUCUCUUGACCAUCGGUGCUCGCGAGGCCAGCUUCCGUAACAUCAAGAGCGUCUCUGAGUGCCUUGCUGAGGAGCUGAUCAACGCUGCCAAGGGUUCCUCCAACAGCUACGCCAUCAAGAAGAAGGACGAGCUCGAGCGUGUCGCCAAGAGCAACCGGUAAAGUGGGAGUUGGGAUAUCCGUUUCGACCUCUGUUUACGCAUUAUGGAGUGGACGGGGGGGUUUGUACCGGGAUUCAGUCGAUUUGUGUACGUCUACGUGUCUGUUGACUCAGUCACGGAGAAAGCACAAUCCAAAAAGGAACGCAAUUGGAUGGCUUUCUCUGGGGUGGAUGGAAUGCAUUGGCAUGAAGACCUAUGGCCAAUUU